UCACCUUGCGUGGUCGUCCCCCUCCCGUGACGUCACCCAUGUCACUUCCGGCCGUCAGACAGCCAGUUCGGGCCAGUUCACUACCGCCGUGUGGUACUCUCGUCCGUCCCUCCGAGCUGUCAACACAGCGACCCGUCCACUCAGCCUCUCCGCUGCGACAACAUUUUUCUCCCAACAUCAGUCGCCUUUUCUCUUCAACGACGUUUUCUUUCAGAUAACAGCCCCUCCCGUCUCACCAUGACUCGGAGCUGAUCUUCAGAGUGUCCAGGUGGUUCUGGGGUUCCAGGUUGGUGUGGUGAGAGAGCAAACUAACUGUGGGGAGGAGGACUGCCUGGGGCGCCGUGUCCCUGGCUCGCGAGUGAAGAAGGGAGGAGCUUGGCAAACUAUUCUGCAUCAUGGAGAAGGAAGACCUGAAGGUCCUCAACAAAGGGGAAGAGGAAGAGAUGGAGCUGCAGGGCUACCGUCUGUGUCGCUGGCGGGUGGCCCUCGUGGGCCUCGGGGUGCUGUGCACGGGGGGCUUCCUCCUCCUGCUGCUCUACUGGAUGCCGGAGUGGUGCGUCAAAUCCACCUGCACCCGUACCACAGCCCGUGAUGCCGAAGUGGUAUUGCUGCGCUCCACAGAUGAGUUCCGACGCUGGUUCCUCGCCAGGGUACGAGUGAUGUUGGCCCCGGGGAGCAACCCCUUCCACAGCCUGGAGACCCGGACCACCUCCCCCUCCCCCUCCUCUCCCUCCCGCCCCUUCUCCUCCCCCCAUCUGGCCAACGGACAUAACCUCAACCCCUCCGAUGGCGGCCCUGCUCAGGAGCUUAGCAGAAAAUUUGCUGACUACCAGCCCACACAGAUUCGCUAUUUUACCUUCCAUAGCACAAAGUAUUAUUGGAUUGACGGUGUGCAGAACUUUGAGGUUUUAAACGGCCUGGGUGAUCUACAAGUCAGCUGCUCCACCCUUCACUCAGAGCACAGUUCAGGCCUGACCAGGAACCAGCAGGAGUACAGGAGACUGUUCUUCGGAGUGAAUGAAAUUGCAGUGAAAGUGCCUUCAGUUUUCAAGCUGCUUAUCAAAGAGGUCCUAAACCCCUUCUACAUCUUCCAGCUCUUCAGUGUGAUCCUCUGGAGUGCCGAUGAGUAUUACUAUUACGCUGUGGCCAUUCUUUUCAUGUCGGUCAUAUCCAUAGCUACCUCUCUGUACACCAUCAAAAAGCAAUACAUCAUGCUUCAUGAUAUGGUGGCAACUCACAGUACGGUCCGUGUGUCUGUAUGCCGAGCCAACAAUGAAAUCGAAGAGAUUUUGUCUACUGAUCUGGUGCCCGGUGAUGUGAUGGUCAUCCCCAGCAAUGGGACCAUCAUGCCAUGUGACGCCGUGCUGGUCAGCGGCACCUGCAUUGUCAAUGAAAGCAUGCUCACAGGUGAGAGCGUUCCUGUGACAAAGACCAACCUCCCCAACCCAUUGCCUGGAGAGACGGGGGAGGAGACCGACUGUGUCUACAGCACGGAGGAACACAAGAGACACACGCUGUUCUGCGGCACCAACGUCAUCCAGACCCGCUUCUACACAGGAGACCUGGUCAAGGCUGUGGUGGUCACCACAGGUUUCAGCACAGCCAAAGGCCAGCUCGUGCGCUCUAUCCUUUACCCGAAACCCACCGACUUCAAACUGUACCGUGAUGCCUACCUCUUCCUGCUGUGUCUGGUGGCUGUAGCUGGAAUUGGCUUCGUCUACUCCAUCGUCCUCAGCGUCUUAAACAAGGUCUCAGCUAAGACCAUCAUCAUUGAGUCCCUGGACAUUAUCACCAUCACUGUGCCGCCGGCGCUGCCAGCCGCCAUGACAGCUGGCAUUGUGUACGCCCAGCGACGCCUCAAACGCCUCGGCAUUUUCUGCAUCAGUCCACAGAGGAUCAACAUCUGCGGUCAACUCAAUCUGGUCUGCUUUGACAAGACUGGAACUCUGACAGAAGAUGGAUUAGACUUAUGGGGGGUCCAGCGGGUUGAGAAUGGCAGUUUCCAUCCGUCAGAGGAAAACGCAUACAAGGAAAAUCUUGUCAAGUCCCAGUUUGUGGCUUGUAUGGCCACCUGCCACUCUCUCACCAAAAUAGAAGGGCAGCUGUCUGGAGAUCCGCUGGACCUCAAAAUGUUUGAGGCUAUUGGCUGGAUCCUGGAGGAGGCCACUGAGGAGGAAACAUCUCUCCACAACCGCAUCAUGCCCACUGUUGUCCGACCCCCAAAACAGCUGUUGCCCCCAGAGCCCGCUGUGUCACCGGAGCAGGACAUGGAACUCUAUGAACUCUCAUCAGCGUAUGAGAUAGGAAUCGUGCGCCAGUUUCCCUUUUCUUCAGCCCUCCAGAGGAUGUGUGUGGUGGCUCGUCUGCUGGGGGAGAAACGUAUGGAUGCCUACACGAAGGGAGCCCCGGAAGUGGUGGCUAGUCUCUGCAAGAAAGACACCGUGCCAGAAAACUUUGCCGAGAUUUUGGAGGGCUACACCAAGCAGGGUUUCAGGGUCAUUGCUCUGGCUCACCGACGACUUGAAUCCAAACUCACCUGGCACAAAGUGCAGAACAUCAACAGGGAUCACAUUGAGGCAAACAUGGAGUUUCUUGGUCUGAUCAUCAUGCAGAACAAGCUGAAGGCGGAAACCCCAGCGGUGCUGCAGGACCUCCACCGAGCCAGCAUCCGCACAGUCAUGGUUACUGGCGACAACAUGCUGACAGCCAUCUCCGUGGCCCGGGACUGUGGAAUGAUCGCUCCCCGGGACACAGUGAUCAUUGCUGAUGCCCUCCCUCCACAUGACGGACAAGCUGCCAAGAUCACCUGGAGAUACGCUGAUAAACCCAGCAAGACGUCUCGCCUGGAGGACGUGAACAUCAGUGUGGAUGAUGUGUGUCACGUAGAUGAGCCCAAAACACAAGAGCUGUACCACUUUGCUAUGAACGGAAAAUCGUUUGCCGUCAUUUCCGAGCAUUUCCCUGACAUGCUUCAAAAGCUGGUGCUACAUGGCACGGUGUUUGCCAGAAUGGCCCCGGACCAGAAAACUCAACUCAUUGAGGCGUUGCAAGGCGUAGACUACUUUGUUGGGAUGUGCGGAGAUGGAGCAAACGACUGCGGGGCUCUGAAGAGGGCACAUGGGGGUAUCUCUCUGUCCGAGCUUGAGGCAUCUGUAGCCUCUCCGUUCACCUCCAGGACCCCCAACAUCUCCUGUGUCCCCAGCCUCAUCAAGGAGGGGCGUGCUGCUCUCAUCACCUCCUUCUGUGUGUUCAAGUUCAUGGCACUCUACAGCAUCAUCCAGUACAUCAGUGUCACGCUCCUCUACUCUAUCCUCAGUAAUCUUGGAGACUUCCAGUUCCUCUUCAUCGAUAUUGCCAUCAUCCUCCUUAUUGUUUUCACCAUGAGUCUGAAUCCAGCUUGGAAAGAACUGGUGUCCCGUCGUCCCCCAUCGGGUCUGAUCUCGGGGCCUCUGCUGUUCUCUGUGCUGACCCAGAUCCUCAUUUGCUUGGGCUUCCAGACCAUUACAUUCCUUUGGGUCCGACAGCAGUCCUGGUACACAGUCUGGACACCACUUACAAAUGUCUGCAACUUGUCAUCGCACAUGAACGUGUCUGAGCACAAUGACACAGAAGUGGACGACCACAACAUCCAAAACUACGAGAACACCAGCCUCUUCUACGUCUCGUCCUUCCAGUAUCUCGUUGUCGCUAUCGUUUUCUCGAAGGGAAAACCCUUCAGGCAGCCCAGCUACAAGAAUUGGCCUUUUAUGCUGUCCGCUCUGAGUUUGUAUGUUUUCCUGCUGUUCAUCAUGUUCUACCCUGUCAAAGGCAUUGAUGACUUUCUAGAGAUUGUUUGUGUCCCGUUUGAAUGGAAGAUAAAACUCUUCAUCAUCAUCCUGGUCAAUGCUUCUGUGUCUGUAUUAGCGGAGACCUUCAUCCUUGACAUCAUCUUAUGGAAGCUUGUGUUCAGCCGAGACAAACAGAGCAGCUUUGGCAUCACUCCCGUUGCCCCGACACCACAGGGCUGCAUUGACCUGCGAGCGUACAAGUGUCUGUCCUGGCUGUGCUGCCCAAGCAAGAUUACACCCAAGGCUCGCUACAUGCAUCUGGCCCAGGAGCUCAGAGUGGACCCGGACUGGCCUCCAAAGCCAACCACCACCACUGAAGCAAAGUCCUGUCCAGAAAAUGGCUCCACCUAUCAGAUCAUGACCAACUCCUAGCACCCCCCCACAGCACCUCACACUAUCUAACCCAUCCCUCUGAUUGCGGGAGACGUGUAUGCAUACGACGCCUGUUCAGUGAAUGUACCUUCAGCCUAUUCAACUUCAACUGUUAUUGGGUCAUUGCCUGGCGUUACGAUUCACACAGUCUGGUUUCUAUUACUGUAGGUCCAGAGGGGUUGCUGCAAAAACCUUAACAUUUCACAAGAGAACCAAAACAAGUCCAUUUUCUCUGGCUCAACCACUCACGCAGUCUCAGGUGUCUCUUGCUUGUUCUUUCCAUUUCAAUAUCAGUAGCAUUCUACCCAGGCUGGGAGUUUAGGUGGUUUGCCCACUUCAAUAUGCACCUCUUUUCAGAAACAAUCAAUGAGAUAAUUGGUUGAUGGAGAAAGAUUUUGGACUGAUCAUGGAAGAGAAAGGUCUCAUUGACCAACACUGUAUCAUCUGAUCAUAUCACAUACCGUUUUUAAAAGAAGCAAGUUCUCUCUUUGGAUUUUGGCGCAGGCUAAACCUCACUUUACUUGUUGCAAGCAGUGCAGGCUCUCAUUGCUACUAUGUAGUGGUCUUAUACAGCUAAUAUAAAUGUAUAGAGAGUCAUUUAAAUGAGAAAGAAUUUCCGGCCAGCAAGCAAUUGUUAGAGAGUAUUGAAUCAUAACCCAAAAAAAAGAAGCUUUAAACCCAUUAUGAACCCGCGGGAAUGAAUGAACAGUAACUAUUUGAGACAAAUAUUCAAGUAGUCAUUCGAGCACACUGUUAAAGAUUAGGACUCUUGGAACAACUUCUGGCAAGUUGUUGUAUAUUUGCAGGCCUCAGAAUUUCCACUGCACGUAAAAUGCAUAAAUGAACUGAUUGGCUGUCACCAAUUUUAAGAUUUUGAAACGAUAACAAUAAGUCUUCAAAUAUCUGUCUUUGCAGAGUUAGCGGGACACAUUAGAAGGGUUUGUUUAUCUGCGGUCUUUGGCCUCUGAAGAUCUUACUUUAAUUUAAUCCCUUAUAUUUUUUUAGAACGUUAUAUAUCUUACGUUAUAAGUAAAAUUAAUUAAUCACAAAAUAAAGUACAUUAUACAUCAGAUUGAUGAUUUAAGCUACAAAGUGAUAAACCGCCUAGACCGUUGGCAAAAUCUUACUGCUUGUUCAAAGAUAAGGACUUAAAGACAACAGUGAGGGAAGCGAAUUUGCUAAUCUGCUCUUAAAUACAAGCUAGGACCUCUGGCAAGAUCUCUUUAUUUUGGUUGUCAGGUUCUCGGUUUAUCAUUAUCGUUUAUAAUAAAGAUAUGUAGAACAUUUUUAAAAAGACAUAAAACAAAAUUGUGAAUUUCAAUGUUUUUGGCAUGCUGAUUGAUCCUUCGGUCUGUAGUACUACCGACUGCUCAAUAACGCUCUAGGAUACCUCGGAAACUACUGACUGAAUUCUCUUCCGUCGUACUUUGAUAUUAAUCCAUACAUAGCAUUCUAACAUGUUAAAUGUUAGCGUACCACACGAUAAGAUCUGCGACACGAUGCUUCCCCGUCAGACGGGGAACAACAUGCCUUUCCCCUGUUCUCCUCAGGCCAAGCAUUUGCUCCAUUUAGUGGUUUGAAAUCUAACAGCAAAUGCGUCUCUACAUCCAUCAAUAAUGUUUUUUUCUACUGUGUAAUGCGCUUUGUACUGUCAUGGGCCACCAGUGUGACUAUUUUAUGAAUUAUAAUCUUUGUUUUUGCAUCCCUAAGCCAUCAAAAAAACCUACCAAGACUUGCAUGAAGCCACUUACCUAGAGUCUCGUUAUGAAGGCUUGACAGCUGCAAUACCUGACCUAUUACUGCGAAUACACCAUUUCUGUAGAAGUAUGGAGCGUUUACAUUAACCUCUCUGUAUUAAGAGUAGUCUGCUCAAGAAAUGGCGUUAUUCUUCUGGUUUAGCAUGGACAGCUUCCUGCGUGCAUGAGAUAAUACAAGUUGAAGCAUUCUACAUUUACGAACUAAUUUCAUCAAUACUACUUUAAAAUAUAUUUUCUAAAAAAUAAUUUCUUCCUAUGGAAGACUGAUUACAAGGGUGAGAGUAAAUGAAGGCAUUGUGCAUCUCAUCGCCUGCUGCACAUUCAAAUAUACAUCCUGCAAGUGAUGGAUACAAAUUGCAUACAUAUUCAUUUAUUAAACAUAGGCUACCUGCAUAAAGAGCUAAGGGCUAUAUUUUAUGUUGACCGCUUUUUCUUUGACGUUAGAAGUGAGGCUCCCCAAAAAUGAAUUCUUUAAGUAUCAAACACUCGCUCCCUGUAAACAUUGAAGGUCGCGCUGUCCUACACUCAUGCAGCUGCUUUUCAAUGUCCGGAUAUGUCUCUUUCAUGAAUUGUAGAGUUUUAAUUUGAAUUAUUUGAUGGUUAUGAAUCCACUCAAAGGGAAAUGCUACUCUUUCUCCCAUAUAAAAUUGACCAAAUAAUUUCUCAUAUCAGGUUACACUUUAAAAAGUUCCAUAUUUGACAUUUUAUUAAGCUUGUCCAUUAUAAAUUCUUUGAUUCAUAUCAUGACAAAAUCAACAGAUUUCCAUAUGUCAGUUUUAUCAAAUCUAAAGUUGCACAGUUCCUAAAAGCCAUUUUCUAUUGAGCUGCUUGUGAUAUUGCAAAUGCACAUGAAAGUUUUGAUCCUAUUGUUUUUUUUUUUUCAGUGCAAGCUCAAAUAUGAUACUCUAUGUGACUAUAGUCUUCAAGGAUACAUUGUUUAUUCCAUGAACAAAGUAUAGUAUUUUGUUAUUGUAUUUUGUGUGUAAAUCGUCAGCGUGAGAAGAAAAUAUAUAUAUAGAUACUAUAGAUGAAUUCUGAUAUGUUGUCAAAAACAUGGGCCUAGGGACUUUCAAUGCUUCUGUAUAAUUGUCGUCUUUUAAAUUUGGCUUUGCUGCCAGGGUUUAAUUUUUUUUGUUCGCUAGAUUCCUACUGAGACUAAAACGGAAAGAACAGAAUUUAGUACAAUGCAAUACAAUGACGUUCAUUCCAAAAGACUUUUCAUUGCAUCUCAAUUGGUAAUUGGAAAAAAUAAAUGUUGUUCUUUUUUGUUCUUUCAAAAUGGAUUCAUUCUAUAUAGAAUCACACUUAAGUCAUAAUAUUAGAGCUUGGAUUCUGUCUCUAUAUUUGACAUGUAAAUUACUAGUGUGUGCACAAAAAUCAAAAGUUUUAGUACAACAAUAAGGAAUUUUGGAUUAUUGAAGGGCUGGAGUGUCUUUUUCUAGAGUUUUGGUACUGCGCUAAAAUCAGUUGUCUGUCUACUGUUUUAUUUGUACUGUCAAUUGAAUUUAUUUGUACUUUUACUUUUGUUAUUGUGUUGCAUUAGCUUUCAUCUUGCUUAUUUGGGCAUGAAUCCUGGGCAUUUAUUUCACAAUUUGAAUUAGUUAUUGUGAUGUUAAUGGGGCACUUGGUUCAUUAUUUGUUCUAUGUUGGGUAAAAACAUAAUGCAGCACAUCGACUUAGGAGCUUUGUAUGUAUGUAUGUAUACAUAUAUGUGUAUAUAUACAUAAGUGUCGCCUCCUCUUAGAAAAUUCAUCUGAACGGACAAUCAUGUUGCUUUUUUUGUUUUGUUAUCCAAUGUGUAUAUUUGACUUGCUUUGUAGCUCUUUUAAAAAAAAAAAAGAUUGUUUGCAUCCAUGUAAAAAAAUGAACUUGUAAUUGGCAAAAAGAAAAAAAAAGAAAAAGAAUGUGCAUUGCUACUCAAUAUCAACUAUUGUAAAAGUGACUCUAUAGCUACUAGUGACAAAAAUGAUUUGGUCUCAGCUGUGCCAUAAAUGUGUGCUUUGAUACAGAAAGGUUGUAAAGGUAAAGACGUACAAAGGAAAUUCUACCGUUGUUGGUCUUUUACAUUGCAGUUUUGCCUUUUUAUCCACACAAUGCUAUCUCACAACAAUGGAUUUUACGCUGAAACCUCUAUGCUCUUUUACAGGUACAAUAUAUACUGACAGCUUUGGCCGCUUGUUCACGUCAUGUAUUUCAAACAAACAUUCAAAUGGCGUUUAGAUUAUGUCAGCCACUGAGUGUAUCAUGUGGAUCCAGUUUCCUCAGGGAAAUGUGUUAAUUUGUAAUGAAUCAAGAAAAAUGAUAUAAGUUGGCACCCAAACUUAAGGAAAAUACAAUGUUAGUAAAACUUUUUAUUACACUCAAUCUGUGUGUAACUUUCAUUACAGAUAUCUGGUCUGUUUUUUAUUUGCAGCUCCACACCUCAGCAAGAGGAACAUCUGGGGUCUGUGUGUACUUUUUAUUGGCGGAGCUGUAUGUUUUGGAAUUUUUUUGUACUUUGUAAUUUAUUUUGUAUUUAUUUUAAUUUCUUUCUCCCUGAGGAUUGUACUUCAGAUUUAUCUCAAUUUCUUUCUUUUCAAUAAAUAUUCUCAAAAUGG